AUGGCGUCGCGCUGGUUUACCCUCGCUCUUCUUCUAACGCCAACACUGGCUCUCGAAAACGACUUCUCCCUCUACCCCAAGGGCGCCCAAGCCUGCCUCAAGAAAAACGCCGCAGACGCCUCCUGCACCGGCAACGACUCGAAGGAAAUGAACUAUUGUCUCUGCGGCUUGGGAAACUACAACAAUGACUUCAUCCUUGGAUCUGCAGCGUGUGUUGGCAAGGAGUCGCCUAAUGAUAUUGAUGGGACGUACGAUAUGAUGAAAACAUCGUGUUCGGAAUCGCAAACACCUAUGAAGACUACGAAAAAGGAAUUCCAGCAGGCUGCGCAUGAUGGUGUGAGCACGACGUCCGCUAGUGGUACUGCUACUGCUAGUGCUACCGAGAGUGCUUCGCAGAGUAGUGAUACUGCUGCUGCUUCUACAACCGAUGCUGCGGAUGAUGAAAGCACGGGAUUGACAACGGGCGCUACGAUCGGUGUGGCUGUCGGUGCAGCAGCAGGCGGCGCAGCAGUCGUAGGCCUAUUCAUCUGGUUCUGGCUCCACCGCCGCAAGAAGAACGCCGAAGAAUCCCACCCAAUGCUCCCCAACUACGAAACACAAAACUCACCAUACGCACCCAGCGAAGCCAAACCCUCCGGCUGGCAAACACCCGAUCCCAAUGCAGGAGGCUACUACACACCGCAAUACAAGCCCAACGCCGGCCCUGUCGAAUUACCCCCCGACAACGCUGUUGCUGCGCCUGCGCCUAUAUUCGAGAUGGAUGGGACUUCGAGUGCUGCUGUGGAGAUGCCUGGGUCUACGCCUGUUGAUGCGUAUGCUAGGGAUGGGUUUAGUAGAGAUGGAUUGCAUUCUUCUGCGGGGGAUUCGGCGAUGGUUUCGCCGCAGACUGCGCCUGGGACGCCGUAUCGGCCAAACGGGGAGAUGCUGAGGUAA